GGAGAAAAAAAAACGUAUAAAAUGGUUAAGCUAUAUGUUCUCUCUCUAAUUUUUCUCUUCUUUCUCUCUUUUUAAGGAAAAAACUGAGAGUUUUGUAACUCUUAUUGAUUAUAAAAUAUAAUUCUUCCAUUCCUCAUUUCCCUGUUGGGUUCUGUUUUUGAGAAAAAGAAGAGAGAAAAAGAAUUAGGUACGUGUAGAAAAGUCAUAUUGAACAGAAUAUAGGCAGUUUCGUGGUUUUAUAGAUAGUUAAAAAAAAUUAUGGGUUGUUUCCCUUGUUCUGGAGAUGGAGAUACAUCAAUCAAGAAACCGGAGAGAAAAAUAAUUCAUGCCAAUAACCAAUACAAAAGGGUUAAUCAUCAGCCUCAGCCUAAACAAGAUACGCUGGUGGCUAGUCAAUUUAAAUUUGUGAAGAAUGAGGAGGCUAAAGAUGCAAACCGAUCUACGUCUAGGAAAGAAGGGGAUUAUAGCAACAACACCCCUCCCACAGAUGGAAAAACUGGUGGUGCUAAGGCGCAGCGGUUUAAAUUUGAUGAAUUGGUAGCUGCAACAGAUAGUUUCAAGGAAGAUUACUUCUUGGGAGAAGGCGGUUUUGGCAAAGUAUAUAAAGGUCAUUUGCUGGAUACCAGUGAGAUUGUCGCUAUCAAACAACUCGAUCCGUAUGGAUGUCAAGGAGUUAGGGAAUUUGUUGUUGAAGUACAGACACUAAGUAAGGCUGACCACCCUAAUCUUGUUAAACUAAUUGGUUGUUGCGCCGAGGGAGAUCAAAGGCUAUUGGUCUAUGAGUACAUGCCUCUUGGUUCGUUGGAGGACCAUUUGUAUGACCCCUGGCCAAAUCAAAAACCACUUGAUUGGAACACUAGAAUGAAGAUAGCUGCAGGUGCUGCAAGAGGCCUGGAAUAUUUACAUGACAAGAUGAAGCCUCCUAUAAUAUAUCGAGAUCUCAAAUGCUCCAAUAUUCUGCUUGACGACGGGUACCAUCCAAAGUUAUCUGAUUUUGGCUUGGCUAAAGUGGGUCCUAGUGGAGACAAAACUCACGUUUCCACCAGAGUGAUGGGCACAUAUGGAUACUGUGCACCAGAUUAUGCUAUGACUGGCCAACUGACUUUCAAAUCUGAUAUCUAUAGCUUUGGAGUUGUUCUUCUGGAGAUAAUCACAGGCAGGAGAGCAAUUGAUUAUACAAAAUCUGUUGCAGAGCAAAAUCUGGUUGCUUGGGCAAGACCAUUAUUCAAAGACAGGAAGAAAUUCUACAAGAUGGCAGAUCCAGCACUUGAAGGUCAUUAUCCAAUUAGGAGCUUAUACCAAGCUCUUGCAAUUGCUGCAAUGUGUGUCCAGGAACAACCUAAUAUGCGUCCUCCCAUUGUUGACAUCGUCACUGCUUUGAACUACCUUGCCUCCCAAAAGUAUGACCCCGAAACCGAGCCUCCUGUCCGAAAGUCCACCAAAAGUCAAUCUUUUCACAAAUCUAAAACAGAUGAAGAAUCCUGGUAAUGGUGAUGGACAUGAUAACAACAGAGCUUGAGGACUAAAACAAGAGAAAAACACACAAAGUUACGUGGUUGUCAUCUUUUUUGUGUCACAUAAAUUACAGGUGCAGAUUUAAAAUCAUAUAAUGGACAUAAUAAAGAUGUCCUAUGGCACAAUCUUCUGUAUAUCCUACAGUCCCCAACUUAUAUGGCACUAUGGUGUAAAUCCAAGUUCCACUUUAUAGUAUAUAUGUAAAAACUCGACGCUUCAAUGAUAUACUAGAAUAACAAUAGUUAUGUCUCAAUCCCAGGUAUUUUGUAUUGUGAGGAUUCAUCAUGAAUAGAAUAGUUUUUAUGAUGGCUGUCA